AAAGAUCAUCUCGUCAUGUUUUCGAUCUACGUCAUUGUUUGAUCACUAGCCUCACGAUACUUGGUCUCCUUCACGGCCAACUUCACCGCCGCCUUAUCGAUAUUGUAUCUUUACAAUCCCAACAACGACCAUAAGUUUAGGCAUAUCAUGGAGGAAUCAAUCUUUGCGCAAGAUGCCGUCGCCUCAAAGCCAAGAGACAAACGUGCAUAUCGCUCCAGUGUCUUAUUGCAAGCGCAUAUUUUCCUAGGAUUGACCGUCGCCCUGCUAAGCCUGUAUCGAUGGCCUCUACGAUGGCUACUGUCAGGAGCACCCGUCCUCACAUAUUGUCUUUGGCUGGGAGAAGGUACAGGCUAUCGAGUCCUGCCAUUCGCUCCUCUUUGGACAUUGAUCCUCCUUGUCAACUCGAGCUACGCCGUCGCAGCAACAUCAUGGCUUCUGUAUGGACUCUUCUUACCAACCUGCUACACUACGGUCUUCAUUUCGAGUCUGUACCAAUCCAACCGAGUUGCCAACCUUGUCCGACGCAUUCUCAGUGGGCUCCUCAAUCAGUUGCACUUUAUUAACGACAAAGUCGCCUUUUUCAACAUCCCUGCUCUGGAAAUCGACACCGAGGUUAGCGGUCUCAUGGUGAUCAGAGGGAUAACUUUCUCUUUGUCGCAUCUGACGUUGGUCGCUCAUGGUGUUGAAGUGGGCAUCAAGCUCUCAGAGGACCUGGAACUUGCUCUGCAGGUAGAUGAAGUCAAUGUCAGACUGUUUCGAGGAAUAGACAUCGGUGAUGUCUUCGGUAACCUCAAAGGCGGUGAAUUCGAGAUGACAUUUGGCAGCCUGGCGGAUGCUACUCAAGUCGAUGGCGCCUCGAUCAUGAUGGCCGACACACCAUUGUUACAGGCUGCGGCAAAACACGGGGAAUUCUCUCAGCCAAAACGAGUCUCUACUAUGGACCAGAUGACUGAUGGAAGCGCUCCCAAAUCUGUAUCGCCAGAUGAAGGCAUCGAUUCCAUGACACAGAUUACGCCCGAUGCGCAUAAGGCGACAUCCAGGUAUGCUGACGCCCUAAAAUAUAUCAACGAAACAAGUGUCAUCCGCGAAAGCGAGCAGAAAGUGCAAUCGAAUGCCCGCCUUGCUCCCAACGCGGAUACUCGAAUCUUUGAUCCCAAGGAUAUUAAGGAUAUGCGAGCAGCGAUAUGUUCUGAACUACACGACCAACCCUCAGUGCCUCAUCCUCCACACAGAUCAAUCAAAGUCACGACACUGCAAAACAUGACACCACCAAAUGUACGGAAAUUCAUGCACCGACUACCGUUCCUCCUACGUCUGCUGUUGAACCCGUUAGCAUAUUUCCACACUCUCCAUAUCAAAUCCAUCACAGCUGGCGGGUCCGGCAAAUGGCUGCAACACACGCUGCACGAAAUGAUCUUCAAGGAGCACAGUGCUAAUGAUACUGGUAUCGCGAAACUCGAGCAACGUUUAUCAUCCUGGCUAGCAGAUGCAAACUUUGUGUUGGAAAUAGCAAACAUAGUCGGACUAGCCCAGGUUCCCUUGUCCACCGCGUUCGACGUUACCACACAGAUGCGUUUUGACGAUGUCAUGGCUUACCGAACACUCCCUCAGAAAGUCGACCUGAAACAAGUGGUCCGGUUGGGAGGCGCCGAUUGUUCAAUCACCGUACCCUCGUUCCUUCUACCUCAUCACGAGCAUAUACUCCCAACAUUUCCGACAAAAGCCGUGCAAGAAGAGAAAGAGGCGCAAAUCGCCGAAGCGGAUGGAAAGCCCAAAACGAUCCAGGCGGAGCAAGAAUUUGAGCAAACCCAAAAAGACGAAACGAACAUGAAUUUGUCGGUACAUGCUCGAUUGCCCGCUGUGUUCGACCAAGAACUGUUGGACUUCGUAGCUGCGUUGGUCAAAGCGACUAAGAUCAUCGAGAUGCAAGAUGUGCCCGAUAAUGUCGUCGCUGCAGACUCCGAUGCAGAAUCGAUAAACGAUGCGGACUCCAUCAGCGAGUCACUUCACGAUUCGUCGUCCAAGCGUUCCAUCAGCUCCAUGAAUGAGUCAACCAAGCGUAGCAUCAGGGCAUUCGCCCAUGCUGUGGGCACCGACGUGAGGAAAAUGGGCACUGAUGUAAGGAAAGGCGUGAAGAGAGUAGCGGUCGACGCUGUUGCGAAUGAUAGGUGGAUUGCCAAACUGGUCGGAAAGGUAACCAAGAAGCUUGAGGUUGCACAGGGAGAUAUUGGUUAUUCUGGUGGUGUUCCCAUAUCAUUAGCACCCUAUCGCGCCGCUGCUGAACAGGCAACCAAGUUGUUGCCUUAGCAGAAUGGAUGACUCUGAUUGGUGGCAUGCAAAGUCUAGCAUCGCCGAGAGAACGCCACGAGAGGUGAUGCAGGAUCACCAACGACGAUAUCGUUGCGAGCACUGUUGGGCUGUGAAACCGGUAUCACAUCUGGGGACGCGGCUGACUAUUGAUGCGGUCAAUUAGCAACAAUGCAUCACAUUGGAAAAUAUCACAAGACCCAGAGCUGGCUGACGUGGCGGGACAUUUGAGGUCGCCCAAGUUCUUUGUAUGUACAGAGAAUGCAAGUAAGA